ACCAGUGUCUUUGAACAAUUGACUCUAUGAGAGCGAAAUCCAUAAAAUUGCACAAAUUUACAGUACUAAAACAAGAAGCAAUUCACUUGAAAUGACUACGUGUUUGUAAUCAGAAGUUCGGAUCGCUUUCGUAAUUUAGCUUCAAAGAAAAGGGCAAUAAAAUGCCCGAAAUAAAAGUAACACCGCUGGGUGCUGGACAAGAUGUUGGACGCAGCUGCAUCAUCGUCUCCAUCGGAGGCAAAAACAUCAUGCUGGAUUGCGGCAUGCACAUGGGAUACAAUGACGAUAGACGCUUCCCAGACUUCUCGUACAUCGUUCAGAAUGGGAGGUUGACAGACUUUUUGGAUUGUGUCAUCAUCAGCCAUUUCCACUUGGACCACUGUGGCGCUCUGCCCUACAUGAGCGAGAUGGUGGGAUAUGACGGGCCCAUCUACAUGACGCAUCCUACCAAGGCCAUCUGCCCCAUCCUGUUGGAGGACUUCCGCAAGAUUACAGUAGACAAGAAGGGAGAGACCAACUUCUUCACCUCACAGAUGAUCAAGGACUGCAUGAAGAAAGUCAUCCCACUGAACCUGCACCAGACUGUCCAGGUGGAUGAUGAAUUGGAGAUUAAGGCAUACUACGCUGGCCAUGUUCUGGGCGCUGCCAUGGUGCACAUCAAAGUAGGCUCGGAGUCGGUGGUCUACACUGGCGACUACAACAUGACACCAGACAGACAUUUGGGUGCCGCUUGGAUCGACAAGUGCCGUCCAGACAUUCUCAUCUCAGAGUCAACUUAUGCCACCACCAUACGGGACUCCAAGAGGUGCAGAGAGAGAGAUUUCCUGAAGAAAGUUCACGAAUCCAUAGAACGAGGAGGAAAGGUUCUCAUCCCGGUGUUUGCCCUUGGAAGAGCCCAAGAACUUUGCAUUCUUUUGGAAACAUUUUGGGAGAGAAUGAACUUGAAGGCUCCCAUUUACUUCUCCACGGGGCUGACUGAGAAAGCCAAUCAUUAUUACAAGCUGUUCAUCACGUGGACCAACCAGAAGAUCAGGAAAACAUUUGUGCAGAGGAACAUGUUUGAAUUCAAGCACAUCAAAGCCUUUGACCGCUCGUAUGCCGACAACCCAGGACCAAUGGUGGUGUUUGCAACGCCAGGAAUGCUGCACGCCGGACAGUCGUUGCAGAUCUUCAAGAAAUGGGCUGGCAAUGAGAAGAACAUGGUCAUCAUGCCAGGCUACUGCGUACAAGGAACAAUUGGACACAAGAUCCUGAAUGGACAGAGGAAAUUGGAGAUGGAGGGCAGAGCAACCUUGGACGUGAAGCUGCAGGUGGAGUACAUGUCCUUCAGCGCCCACGCCGACGCCAAGGGCAUCAUGCAGCUCAUCCGCAUGGCUGAACCUCGCAACAUGCUGCUGGUGCACGGCGAAGCCGUCAAGAUGGAGUUCCUCAAGGGCAAGAUCGAGCAGGAGUUCAGUAUCGACUGCUACAUGCCGGCUAACGGUGAGACAACAACAGUGACGACAAAUCCCAAAGUUCCAGUUGAUAUGUCACUGAACCUUCUCAAGAGGGAAAUGGCACUAGGCGGGCCUUUACCUGAUCCCAAAAAACCCCGCAUCAUGCAUGGAACCCUCAUCAUGAAAGAUAAUAGUCUCAAACUGGUGUCAUCGGAGCAAGCCCUGAAGGAGCUCGGACUCAACGAGCAUCAGCUCCGAUUCACGUGUCGCGUGCAGCUCCACGACCCGCACAGUGACCCUGACACGCUUCGAAGAAUAUACACGCACCUCAAGAGUGUCUUAAAGGGGUACGCCAUCCAGCACCUUCCCGAUGGUACUGUCAUGGUGGAGUCCAUCGUCAUCAAAGUGUCAUCUUCACCAGAGGAAGCUAACACAAAGGUCAUCCUGCUUUCCUGGAGUUAUCAGGAUGAAGACCUUGGUAGCUUCCUUUCAACUCUGCUGAAAAAAGGGCUCCCAUCUGGACUUUGAUUGAAUGACUAAUGAGGGGUGUGGCGCUUUUUUGGUUUAAUUUAAAGAACUGGUGGGCCACAAAUGACUACUGGUAAGUUAAACUGUGUACAGAUAAUUAUAUGAUUUGUCAAUGUUUCACAACUUCAACAUAAUUUUAGUUGGCAAGCUAUAGAAAUGCUCAGAUUCUUUGUUUCCUAGUCAUGUGCAGCUUUCUUUUACGAGGCAGAAUGUGUCCGCCACAAUUACAUGUUUUUGUCACGCUCAUUAUGUUAUUUUGAUGGAACACAGGAGAGAGUGGAUAAAGAGGAGAGGCAACAGUCCUAUAUCAUGAUGUUCAUUUAUACCCAUUAAUUCAUAACCUGUUGGUCAGAAAUUGAAAGAAGCAUUGUUUUGAAUCACUGUUGCGACAGUCGGUUUUUAUUUACCUCUACUGUAUUUAUUGCCAAUCUGUAACUUACCAACUUUGGUUUUGCUUUCUUUUCUAACUCUGUCGCACUUGGAGAUUCUCAAAUAAAAAGUGCAUUACCAAAUUAAA